UGGUUCGUGCGAGACGAUCGUCUUCUUCCCCGGGAAGGAUGAAGCUCCUUAUACUGUGUGUGAUGGUGCACGGUCUGUCAGCGGAGGAGCCGGGGCAAGUGCUGUCGAUCGGUCACUGGAAGGAGCAGGUCGUCGCGCCGGACUUUCUGCUCGGCGACGAGGAGAUCACCGGGGCGAACCGGAAUUCCAUGUACGGGGAGAAGCGCAGCUACCGUCCCGAGGGGUUCGCCGAGCAGGUUAAACGGAUCGCCGGCGCGGAGGACGUCGGUCUGCAGCCGCGUCUCGUAACGAGAUCUCUGUGCAACUGCGAGACGCAGUACGAUGUGAGGGAUCUGGGUGAGGGACAUUAUCCGAGAUACUUAACUGUAUCGCACUGCAAGUCGAAAGCCUGCCAGAGCAAGUUCAAUUCCUGUCGGCUGCUGUACUACAUGGUUCACGUGCUGAGCCAACGUGAUUUGAGCGGAUUAAACGAUGAUCACGACUCGGACGAAAACAGACUGCAGGAAACCCCACUUCCGGAGGCCCUCCGUCACAAGUGGCGGCUGAAGCCGAUGUCGAUCGCCGUAGCCUGCGUGCCAGAUAGAAGAAAUUAAUGCGCCCACCUCGGACGUGUUCAAAGGACUGACCGACAACGACGAGGAGGUUACUGGAUCCAGCGGCCUUCUGUGUUGUCGAUCCCGUUCCAGGACGCGACGGGUGCUUCUGCGAGAGCUGACGAACGCGCGAGCCACUCUCUCUGCUUUAAUCGAACUCGAAACGCUUGUACUCGUGUGCGUACACAUGAAAUGUGUAAGAACGAAUGAAUAAUUAC